GAGCAUUGCGUGCGCAGGGUGAACGAUCAGCGAUGGCGUGUUUUCGCUGUACUCUGUGAAUAAAAUCCUGCUGUAUGCUCGGGAUGGACAAAUGGUGAUGCCAAUGAGCAUUAGAGGGUUCAGUGCGCGAUCGUUCUACAGUUGAUACAUCCUCCGGAGCGAUGGCUCAGCAGCUGAAGCUGCACUCCCCCGCAGGGGCUGAACCUGUGUUAUAUACUUGGCCGUUAACCUCAGGACGUGGAAAUGACCGUCAUGAUGGAGCAAUUGAAAUUGUUGAGACCAUCAGAUGGGUGUGUGAGGAUUUGCCCGAACUUAAGUUGCCCAUGGAAAAUAAUAUACUUACAAAUUAUGACACACGAAGUUAUGAUAGCAUGAAGGCAUUAUGUGAUAGGUUUAAUAAAGCCAUUGAUAGUCUCGUUGCUUUAGAAAAGGGAACGUCACUGCCAGCACAACGAUUAAAUAAAUAUCCCAGCAGAGGCCUGCUUAGGCACAUCUUGCAACAGACUUACAAUCAAGCCGUCACAGAUCCGGACAAACUAAAUCAAUACGAACCAUUUUCACCUGAGGUUUAUGGAGAAACAUCGUAUGAGCUCAUCAGCCAAAUGAUAGAUCAAAUUGAUAUUACACCAGAAGACAUAUUUAUUGAUUUGGGUUCUGGCGUGGGUCAAGUUGUUCUACAAAUGGCUGCAGCAACGCCAUGCAAAAUUUGCUUAGGUAUUGAAAGAGCUGAAGUACCUAGCCGAUAUGCAGAGUCUAUGAACAAGAACUUCCGUACGUGGAUGAAGUGGUACGGAAAGAAGUUCGGGGAGUACAAACUAAUGAAGGGAGAUUUCCUCAUGGAGGAACAUAGAGAGAAAAUCAAUUCUGCCACCAUAGUGUUCGUAAAUAAUUUUGCCUUUGGUCCUACUGUGGACCACCAACUGAAGGAGCGCUUUGCUGAUCUGAAGGACGGCGCCAGGAUCGUCUCUUCUAAAAGCUUCUGUCCACUUAACUUUCGAAUUACUGAUCGUAAUCUCAGUGACAUCGGCACGAUAAUGCAUGUAUCGGAAAUGUCACCGUUGCGUGGUUCCGUCUCCUGGACGGGGAAGCCCGUUUCGUAUUACCUUCACAUCAUCGAUAGAACCAAAUUGGAAUGCUAUUUCCAAAGAUUGCGGAAUCCCAAGGUUAAGGAAAACGAGGAUUCCAACAAUGUGCGGUCAUCGCGAGAAAAAACCAGGAGGGACUUGACGAAACAGAUACAUGAUUCUUCUUCGGAUUCAGAUUUCUAUGAUCAAGAUGGCAACUACGGAUUGGGGCCUACAACUCGCAGAGCCUGGUCGGAUUGGUGUUCAAACAAGGGCAAGAGCAGCCAAUCCGAAGAGGAGGUUACGGGCAAGGGCAAGAGGCAACCGAAAAAACUGAGGCGGAAGAUUUCGAGAGGAAAAAAUCAAACGACGCCCGCUAAGCCCAUAAAUAAACCGCGUAGGGGAAGAGUAAAGAAAGCCAAGCCCAAAAAGGCUAUUAAGAUCAACGGCCUGGAUUUGCUUCACUCGCAAACGUUGUUGAGUACUUCACCACAAGCAAAUGGUAAGAAACUUCCUCCACCUCCGGGAUGUGUUGAUCAACAGCUGACUGCUCUGAGCACGGAAAUGGUUCACGAUGAAUUGGACAUACCCCAAGCUCCCGGAGAUACGCCCUACUCUCUGCAGAUCCUAUUGGAUAUGUAUAGAGUACAAUAUAUGAACAUGAUUGAUCAAUUCAAAUCACCGGACUAUAAGAAUAACAUCGAGCAGUUAAUCGCCGAGGAGAAGGAUCGGAAUCAACGUUUGCAAAGCAGAGCGGCGCAACUAGAGAAACAGAUUAAAGUGCUCAUAGACGACAGCGUAGCUUUGCUGAAAGCUAGAAUGAGCGAAUUGGGUAUUAAUGCAACUUCCCCGGUGGACCUAUUGGCGAAGGCCAAGGAAAUUGUUUGUAGACACAAAGAUCUCCAGGCAAAAGCCAGUAAGUUACAAAUACAAGUAGGCAAUUUGGAAGAGAAGCAGAAGGCUUUAGUAAUUGAGCGGAAACAGGAAAUUGCGGAGAAAUAUGGUAAACCAGAGGUGAAUCGAGAAUUGUCUGCAAACAUGGCAGAAGAGUGCAUCUUGCGCGAGAUUUCAUCUACUUUGUCGCAUAGAAAAAAGUUGCACAACCAGGUGAGCCUACUGGAAGGCGAAGUUCUAUCAUUGGAGAAAUCGAGCGAGGAGAGAAAGCAAGCGCAGGCCCUUAUGGCCAGGCAGCAGCAAAUAGCGCCUACCAAAGUAUCCCGUAAAUCCAGGGACUACAGAGCUAGGUCACAGGAUUGGCCUGAUGUGCCGGAUAUUGCAAAGAUCGAAGAGCAGAAUCCGGAGAUUCUCGCACAAAAGAUCUUGGAGAAAGGUAGAAUGAUAGAAGCGAGUAAACAACUUUCUAGCAAUAGCAAACUACCUCAGAUGAAUAUGCCUAUGAAGUGCCCGUCGAGUAAUCAACGAACGUCGUCAAGAACAUCAAUGCCUGCCCCAGUACCGGUCGCGAAACGACCGAAAAUCAGUAAUACACCAUCGUCCCAUCCGUCACCUUCACAUCAUCAAAGACCACAAGAACCACCAAGAAUUGCUAAUUUUGAAGACCGCCUGAAAAGUAUCAUCACGUCUGUUUUGAAUGAAGACCAACAAACACGGUCGAAAUCACAGCAGCAGCAGCAACCGCCACCGCAACAUCAGCAACCACAACAUCAACAACCACAACCGCAACAUCAACCAUCGCAACAUCAGCCAUCCCAGCAUCAGCAACCGCAACAUCAACAACCACAUCAUCAACAACCACAACAGCAACAUACUCCAUCCAUGUAUAGUCCUAAUCAGGCACCGACCCCAGUUUAUAAUGCACCACCCACCCCUCACCACCAGUACAAUUCAUACAACCAGUAUAUGGCGAAUACGAAGCACGAUGAACGAAAGUACCCUAAGUACAAUGGGAAUAGAUGCGAGACGAUAGUGAGGCCUGCAGAAGAACAGGCAAAAGUUGCUCAAACACACGAAGGUUUAGUAGUCAGCAUGACGGAAAACUACGUAGAACCUGAACCCCCUAGGAUAUCGCCGAUACAGCCGAGAAGUUCACAGCCUGAGCAACCGGAUUACACGCAGAUAUCGCCCGCAAAGCUGGCAUUAAGGAGGCACCUAUCCCAAGAGAAGUUGGCUGCUGCGCAGCACCACGUAUUCAAUCCCCCCGCAGAAAGCAUAGUUGCUACUAGAACAAUAGGUGAUUUGAUGUCCGGCGAAAUCGAAAGGACAUUGGAGAUAUCAAAUCAAUCGAUAAUAAAUGCCGCCGUUGAUAUGAGCGACAUACGUACUCAUCAUGUGAUUAACACAAACCUGCCACGACCUGAAAGGGUCAACGUGAAGGUGCCUGAACCUCCGAAGGAGCCCGAGGCUGCCCCUAUGAGACAAGUUUACAGUCCCAUUUCGAGGCCUUCGUCGACAGAAGGCUUAGAAGGUUUAGCCUACAUAAAUCCCCACAUUAAAGUGAACACGCAUUCAGUGUACAUGCCGCCACCCCCUCAACAGUCACCAAGACAAUCACAAUUUUCACCGCGGACGACGGUCUUGUACCCAACCCAGGCAAGACCGUCCUACGAGCCUUACACACCGCUGCCAAGAGCCGACAUAAAAUACCACGAAUCGUAUUUUACUGACAUUAAGCCUUCAAUGGUGGAAGCCGAGAGUAGAAGCAAUUUUGUACCUGAAGGACUAGCUGCCAGGGUUAUGAACGGACCUCACAUCAAAGAGGAAAUUGAUUGCGAACGUAGAUAUUUACAAUAUCAUGAUAUAAAGACUGAAUCAACAUCAACCGACUGCCAUUAUAAACGCGAGUCACCUGUGAUACAUGGGCCGAUCAGGAACAAAGCCGUCUCAACUUACAUACCAGAUGCAGGACAUCGAAAUUAUCCGCGCAUCCAUCAUUCACCGCCAGAACGAGCUAAAACCACACUGCCAAUGGACGCUGAAAGGAAGCUUCUUGUCGAAGAAAUUGAAGUUGAAGAGGAAGGCGAGGAGUCGAAGUGGCAAGACAAAAUAAGUUCAGGUUUCGACCGAUUAGUAGCAUUUGCAUCGACGGAAUUAGACAAACGUAGGCGAUCGACGGAGGGUAAUGACAGGACGGGAAGCUUAUAUCUGUUUAUUUGAAUAGACAAUUUUACUGCCAAUUUUAUUGUAAUAAUCUUACUUUAUUUCAUGAAUAUAAACUGUACCAAAAGGUGAAAUAAAGUAGCAAGAUUUAAUACUUUUCUUGUUUUUGAUAUAUCAA